UCGGGCAGACGGACGACUUAUAUUGGCUUGGUGCAGUAUAGGCCGUAUGACCUUCCUGUGCCCUAUCGCGUCUUGUUCGCACGCUUCGAGACGAUCAUGCGGCACUUUGCCGGCCGGCCGCACUGGGCUAAGACGCAUACGUGUGGGGCCAAGGAGCUCGAAGGCUUGUAUCCCCACUGGAAAGAGUGGACGGAGACGAGAGCGAAGUGGGACCCGGAGGGAAUUUUGAGCGGUGGUGCCUAUGUGAGGCGACAUGUUGAUGCUGCAGUCGGGGAGGACGUGGGGUCGAGGAGGUUCAAGAGGAGGGAGUGUGGCAAGCUCUAAGGAGCAAUGGCGGAUCGCAGCAACUCGUUCAGUCAAAUUGCAAUUCCUUGGCCUGCUGCUGAUCGCUCUGCCGCCUUUUGGUGUGAUUGCUCUGGCGCCAACGUCGCCCUUUCUAACCCCUGCCGCGAGCGCGACCUCAUCCGCUCAGGGACACAGCACAGCCCGACACCUCUACAGCUCGACUCGCCACCACAUCAUCCCAUCUGCCUUUUCCACCUCGCUUUGAGCAUCUCACCUUUCAAUGCCUCCCUCUAUCGUCUCCCUUUCGUCCAUCCCCUACUCGCCCCGAAAUUACUCUUCCAGGCUCACCCUUACGACGACGUAAUCGACCUCCCGUGCGACUCUGACCGCGCUGUGGCGCUCAGCAUUCGUCACUCUCACCACGUCCUUCAUCCAGUUCUCGCCCCAUCUUCAUCAAUCACAGCCUCUGCCUUCUGCCAUGGCGCGAAGCCGAUCUGGCGCUCCCGCCUGCUCUUCGAAACGUCUCUGGCUACUCGAAGACAGGUCAUGGUCAGGAGCACCGCAAACUUGUGGAUCGACAGGAUGACGGCCAAUCAAUUGGCCGCUGGCGUCGAGGCCACCAAGUACGGAAACCUCAUCUAUUAGCAAACACGGCUCGCUGUGGACGCAACAUAGCAGCCCGCCCCGGCAAGGUGAACAUCUGGUAACGAUAAUCAAUAGAAUCGACACCGUCUUCGCCGCCGACGGCGUGGGGACAUACCGUAUGUAUCAAGCAUACGCAGCACAUAUGAAUACAUCUCCUGCCUCAUCCCUCGCGCUCCUCGCGCUCAAACAUUUUGCCGCUCUUGGUCACGAGCACCGCUGCUGUCCCGAUAAUUGUCGCCAAGUUGAUAGCGAGCAGCAGU